GAUCCGGCCGUCAGAAUGACGAAUUUAUGUGUUUACGUUGGAUUACUGCUGUCCCUGGUGGUGGCGUCCGGUCUGGCGCAUCUAAAUCUGUUCCUCAACGUGGUCGAGACGCAGCGAUUACUCGGUCUGCCAGCUGAAAUCUACUACGUCCGCGAGGGGCAAGUGAACGAGUAUGCGCUCCAUUUCACCGUCCCGGUGCCGGCGGACGUCGAGGAGAUAUCUUUCACCUGGCAAAGCCUCGCCAAGAAGGCGCUCCCGUACCGGAUCAAGAUCGUGUCGCCCGAUUCGAUUGCGCUGCCGAAACCGUCGAUGAACAUUUCCUGGCAGGGCGAGGUGCCGGAGCACAUCGAAACGUUCGCCAUUUGGCUGCGGUGCAGUGGCCGCGAGUCGGCUGAGCUGGACGUGACCAUCACCGUCGAGGUGACGCUCGAUCGGCUGACCGGCAACGUGACGGAGCUGCUGUUUCGGCGGAAGAAAAUUUGUCUCAUGAGAUUGUGUUUGGUCCGUUUCAGCGAACAUCCGGACGUCAACCAGCCGGAUCCGUACCUGCUAGAGAAUGCCUCGAACGGCCAGAACGGGCUGAUCACACUGAUCAUCGGUGGCAUCCUGGCGAUCGUCUUCGUGGCCAUCAUCAUCAUGAUCGCGUACUGUGCACGGGGAUCGUUCAACCGGAAGCCCCACCACGCGCAGCCGAUCCGGACGUCGAGCUUUCAGCGCCUACAAACCCAUGCACCUUCGGCCCCAUCCUCGAUCGUGUCGCCACCGUCGAUCGCACCGACGAUAGCGACCCUCUCGCGUACCCGCAUCUACGCCAACGCGGAACCGGAAGAACUGCAGCGCCGCAUCUCCGAGCUGACCGUGCAACGGUGCCGUGUACGACUGUCCAGCCUGCUGCAGGAAGGAACGUUCGGGCGCGUUUACCGUGGAAGCUACAACGACAGCCAGGAGGUGCUGGUAAAGACGGUUGGGCCACACGCUUCGCAGAUUCAGGUGUCGCUGCUGCUGCACGAGGGUAUGAGCCUUUACGGAGCCCAGCACCCGGGCAUUCUCUCCGUGCUGGGAGUCUCGAUCGAUGACCAUACCGCCCCGUUUCUACUCUACCUGGCCCCGGAGAAUACGCGCAACUUGAAGAUCUUCCUGCAGGAACCGGUAGCCCGCACGCUGACCACGAUCCAGAUCGUCAAAAUUCAGCUACAGCUGGCGCAAGCGCUCGGCCAUCUCCACAGUCACGGCGUCAUCCACAAGGACAUUGCGGCACGGAACUGCGUGAUUGACGACCAACUGCGGGUGCGUUUGGCUGACAACUCACUGUCGCGGGAUCUAUUCCCCGGCGACUACUACUGCCUCGGUGACAGCGAGAACCGUCCGAUCAAGUGGCUCGCGCUGGAAUCGAUCCAGUACAAGCAGUUCAGCGAAGCAUCGGACACGUGGGCCUUCGGUGUGCUAAUGUGGGAACUGUGCACCCUCGCCCGACAACCGUAUGCCGAGGUGGACCCGUUCGAGAUGGAACACUACCUACGCGAUGGUUACCGGUUAUCGCAGCCCAUCAACUGUCCAGAUGAGCUGUUCGCAAUAAUGGCCUACUGCUGGACGAUGCUCCCGAUGGAGCGUCCGUCGUUUGAACAGCUACAGAUCUGCCUGCAGGACUUCUAUGCGCAGCUGACGCGCUACGUCUAG